UUUUAGCUCUCUUUGCUACACAGCACCUGGUGGUCCUAAUGUACCACCCAUGGAGAAUAACACGGAGAUGAGGGAGUUCAUCCUGCUGGGACUGACCAGCGCCCCACAACUGCAGCUUCCCCUCUUCAUACUGGUCACUGUCGUCUACCUCAUCACUCUGGUGGGGAACCUGGGGAUGAUCACGUUGAUCCUGCUGGACUCCCGCCUCCACACCCCCAUGUACUUUUUCCUUAAUAACUUGUCUCUGGUGGAUUUUUGUUACUCUUCAACAGUCACUCCCAAGGUCAUGGCUGGGUUGCUUAUGGAAGACAAGGUCAUCUCCUACAAUGCUUGUGCUGCUCAGAUGUUCUUUUUUGUACUUUUAGCCACUGUGGAAAGUUACCUCUUGACUGCAAUGGCCUAUGACCGCUAUGCAGCAGUGUGCCAACCCCUACACUACUCUACCAUCAUGACCACAAGGGUGUGUGCUUAUUUGGCCAUAUGCUGUUACAUCCUUGGUUUUCUGACUGCUGCUAUUGACAUUGGAGACAUGUUCUGUCUCUCUUUCUGUGUGAAUGUGAUCCAUCACUUUUUCUGUGAUAUUCCAGCCAUCAUGACUCUGGCUUGCUCUGAUAAACACCUUAAUGAAUUGAUCAUUUUUCUUAUUUCAAGCUUUAAUAUCUUUUUGGCACUUCUUGUUAUCUUGGUUUCUUACCUGUUCAUAUUUACCACCAUUUUAAAGACGCUCUCAGGUGAGGGAUACCAGAAGGCUUUAUUCACCUGUGCCUCACACCUCAUGGCAGUUUCUAUAUUUUAUGGGACUGUUAUUAUUAUGUACUUGCAACCAAGUUCCAACCGCUCCAUGGACACUGACAAAAUUUCAUCUGUGUUCUACACUAUGGUCAUCCCUAUGCUGAACCCUAUGGUCUACAGCCUGAGGAACAAGGAGGUCAAGAGUGCUUUCAAAAAAGUUGUUGAGAAGGCAAAAUAUUCUCUAGGUUUAGUUUUUUAAUUAUGUAGUUUUGAUUUGCAUUUUCUCCUUGACCAAUGAUUUUGAAAAUCUUUCAUGGUACUUAUUGGUCUUUUACAAAUCUUUGCAAAAAUGUCUAUUCAAAGGCUUUGCCCAUUUUUAAAUAGAAGUUUCUUUUUUCAUU